UCCGUUGUGUUCCGUUGCUUAGUUACAGUUCCUAUGCGUUCUGUUCGCUAAGCAGAAGUUAGCCAGAUGCUAUGUUUAAGAGUUUGAGAAUAUACAAAGUUUCAAGUAAUUUGUAGUUUUUAAAACUGCUCAUUUGAAGCCAUGACAGCUAUAAAAGAUGGAGAGUACACGGCUACCAUCUACAAACUGAUUAAAGACGGCCAGUAUGUAGAGGCAGUUCACAUCCUAAACGGCCAGCUUCAAAAACACACCAAGUCCAGGGCAGCACUGUCUCUGCUGGGCUACUGCUACUAUCACAUCCAGGACUUCACCAACGCUGCAGAGUGCUACGAGCAGCUCACACAGCUGCACCCGGAGGUGGAAGAGUACAAGGUGUACUAUGCCCAGUCCCUGUACAAAGCUGGUGCUUAUCCUGAGGCCACCAAGGCUUCCUUUGUACUGGACAACCCAAGCAGUCACACGAAGAUGGUCAAGCUUCAAGCGUGUAUCAAAUAUUGUGAGGAAGAUUACUCUGCUGCCAAGUCCCUGUUGGAGCAGCUGCCCCAGGACGAUACAGACUACGUCUACAAUAUGGGUUGUUUGCUUUACCAGGAUGGAAAGCAUGAGGAGGCCUGCAAGAAGUUCAUGUCUGCCAUGCAAAUGCUGGGAUACGUGCCAGCAUUGUCCUACAACAUCGCCCUGUGUUACUACAGCCUGAAGAACUAUGCUCAGGCCCUCAAAUACAUCGGAGAGAUCAUAGAACGAGGCAUUAGGGAACAUCCAGAGUUGAGCGUCGGGAUGACAACUGAAGGCAUCGACGUCCACAGUGUGGGCAACACCCUUGUGCUGCAUCAGACAGCUCUGAUCGAAGCCUUCAACCUAAAAGCUGCCAUCGAAUACCAGCUGAAGAACUUAAAAGGAGCUCAGGAGGCUUUGACAGACAUGCCCCCCAGAUCAGAGGAGGAGUUGGACCCAGUGACACUCCACAACCAGGCUCUGGUGAACAUGGACACAAAGCCGUCAGAGGGUUUUGAGAAGUUGGCCUUCCUGCUGCAGCAGCCAUCCUUUCCUCCCGUGACCUUCGGGAACCUGCUGCUGCUCUACUGCAAACACGAGUACUUUGACCUGGCAGCUGACGUCCUGGCAGAAAACGCCCAUCUUACCUACAAGUUCCUCUCCCCGUACAUGUAUGAAUUUCUUGAUGCCUUGUUGACCUGCCAGACAGCACCAGAGGAGGCAUUUAGGAAGUUUGAAGAGAUGAACGCCAAACUGACCGAGCAGCUACGCAAGCUGGCCAAGCAGGUACAGGAAGCCAGAAUGGCUCGAGACGAUGAAGCACAGAAGAAAGCUCUGCAGGACUACGACCUGAUGCAGGAGAAGUACAUCGUGGUCCUGAUGGCCCAGGCCAAGAUCUACUGGAACCGGGAGAACUUCCAGAUGGUGGAGAAGAUUUUCCGCAAGUCGGUGGAGGUUUGUAACGAGGACGAUACUUGGAAGCUGAACGUGGCCCACGUGCUCUUCAUGCAGAACAAGUACAAGGAGGCCAUCGGCUUCUACGAGCCCAUCGUCAAGAAGCACUACGAUAACGUGGAGCAGUGUAACAUUCAGGAGUGUCCCUGCAGGUGCAAACCUUCGAUCCUGAACGUCAGCGCUGUGGUCCUGGCCAACCUGUGUGUGUCCUACAUCAUGACCAGCCAGAAUGAAGAGGCUGAGGAGUUGAUGAGGAAGAUCGAGAAAGAGGAGGAGCAGAUUUCCUACGACGACCCCGACAAAAAGGUCUUCCACCUCUGCAUCGUCAACCUGGUCAUCGGGACGCUGUACUGUGCCAAGGGCAACUAUGACUUUGGCAUCUCUCGUGUUAUCAAGAGCCUGGAGCCGUACAAUAAGAAGCUGGGGACGGACACAUGGUUCUACGCCAAGCGCUGUUUCCUCUCUCUGCUGGAGAACAUGUCCAAACACAUGGUCAUGCUGAGGGACGCUGUGGUACAGGAGUGUAUUCAGUUCCUGGAGCACUGUGAGGUCUACGGGAAGGAAGUUCCAGCUAUUAUCGAGCAGCCUCUGGAGGAGAGCCGCAUUCACAUCGGCAAGAACACCGUCACCUACGAGGCUCGACUACUCAAGGCACUGUUCUACGAGGUCAUUGGCUGGAACAAGUGACAUCGGCACACAGGUGUCAAUGUAAUGUCUGACGUCAGCUCAUCCCAGAAAGAUCACUGACUGCAGCCAGAGAUGACAUUUUGUCAACGUCUACCGCUCAAAGGAUAAUUAACAUAACACAUAACACACACACACACACACACACAGUCACUGAUGUAUUUCAAAUCAGGCCAGCAGUGCAGCUAUACACAGUAUUUCUGGGCAGCGUUUGGACUCUUUUCCAUCUUUCACUGUCUCUUGUCAGCGCACACACACAAACAAACAGAAACACACACACACACACACACACACACCCCAGGGGAAGCUUUUAUUUUGAGGUUGAGUUGAGCUGGGGGAGUUUUGGCAGAAACAUAAAAUCCCAGAGUACUCCGACAGAUCAUACAUAAUCUGUUUGUGUCACAUUCUCACAUUAUGACUGUUAAAGGAGGCUUCAGCUCCACUUUACAAAAUCUUAUAGUCAGAGAUGAUCUGCAUCUAUUAUCAUUACUACUCAAUGUAUAGAGUUAAAAAGUUUUGUAGAAGUAGAGCAGAUUUUCAGGCUAUGUUUUAUUAGUUGUGUUUAUUCUGCUAACAUAACAUACAAGAUAACAGUUUGUAUGUAAGUUCAUGUACAUACAUUCAUAAUUCAUGCUUAUAUCCUCCUUUGGUGAGUUCUGGUUGUACAGCCGUCUUAAUAUUCCAACCCUGUUUUGUGGUUUUAUAUUUGGUAAAUAAAAAGUUUGUGAAAAGCAAAAUUAUAAUUUUAAAGACAAUAAAGAUUGUUAUUU